UGGUUUCAGUUAUUUGAGUUUAGUCGUGGCUGUCACAAUCUCCUGGAAAGUAUAACCUAGCAGUGCAGUGCGGAACCCAAAACCAAACAAAAGAUAUCUAUCAACUCUACCCAUCUACAAAGAAAAGUUACAAAAGUAAAAACGCUGAAAAAAGUCGUUGUAACGAUCGAUUGAUCUUUAUGCAAUUGCGCUACAACUCUCUGUUCUGCAUUUAAAAAAGGAAAAAAUAGAAAGUGAACGUAAAGGAAAUCAAUAGUGGUUUAUUUAGAUCAAGUGUUUUGAAUUGAACCAGAAAAGAGACUUUUUCUCAUAAAAAUCUAAACAAAGAAAGUGACAUUUUUGAGAACGAUUUUGAAAUAGUACAUUUAAUGCAAACUCGUAUUAUUUUAAAAAACUUUGCAAAGGUUCAACCAAACAAUAAAAAACAAAAAAGAAGAAAUUUUAAAUCUUUAAAAAGUUUUAAAAGACUUAAAAGUUAAUAAGCAAUACCAGCAUCAACUUUAAGUAGUUCAUCAUCUACAACAAGUAUUUGGAUUAUAUUUCACAACAAACAGACAACAACAAAAAACCCACAACAAUGUCUUUAGCUAGUGUACAUGGUCCACAAUUCACCGAUAUCUGCAGUCCAUUGGGUCGCAGCAGUAUAAGCAUGUCGUCAUCAUUGUCUGAUUUAGUCGGCAGCCCCUUGGAAAUCUCCAUGGAUAAUGUCUUAACCAUUGAAGAAUUGAGACAACAUAUGGGAUCUUGCUUUACCUGUGGCGUAUCCUGGACCGAUGAUCAUGUGUCAUUAGAUUGCAGUGAGUGCGGUGGCUAUAGUGUCGAACGCCCCUGCCCCUUGUGCGAUGGCCUGUGUGGUGUGCAAUGGAAACGUGAUUUCACCAUGUCGCAUGCCUGUGGUAAGGCCCGUUGGCUUGGUGUGUGUCCCACUUACCCUGAAGCUGCUAUGCAUUUUAAUGCCCCUACUUCAGCUACAGCCACCAUUACCAAUGCCUGCAAUCCUAAUGCCGCGUCCUGUGCUGCUGCAGCCGCCACACAAAUGCGUUUAGCCACCGAGUUGUGUGCCCGCCUGGAACAGCUGUCCGCCUCAGCAACGGCGUCAGGAAAUCACAUAUGAUUACAAUAAUUUAAGCAACUUAAACAUCAGCAGCAUCAACACCACCACACCACCAUCCCCACCAAUCAUCAACAUUCUCCUGCAAAUACAUGUCAUCAAGAAUAACUUCAUUCAGCUUAAGUAUGGAUUAUAUGGUGUUUACCGUUUAUACUUCAAACUCCUCUUUACUGAGGCCGCCUCUGCUGCCCAGAGGAAAAAUUCCUACCCAUCUUGAUUGCAAAGAUGGCGAAAUGGUUCUCCAAGUGAUUUUUUACUUAAGUAGCAGCACAAAACAGCAGAUACCCAUUAUGAUUUUGUAAUAUUUUGUUAAAGUUAAGAAAAUCUUAUUAUUUAAGUGAGCCCUCUCAAAAAACCUGAUCCUCGCCCCUACCCUACAAACUCCCAUCUAUCUUCCCCCCUUAAGAUUUAAGUGCGGUUUAGUUGAGAAUCAUUACAGCUUUGUAAUUGUGCCACAGUUACUAAGGGAAAUAAUAUCUGAAACAAAAUGAACUAGUCGCUUGUUUACAAAGAAAAAAAAGAGAAACAAACCGAUUAUAUACAGGCCUGCAUUGACUGACUGACUGCUCCACUAAACGAAAUUUAAACUAUAAGUGAAAAAAGACUAUUGCUUUAAGUUGUAUGAUAUUAAAUUAAAAAUGAAAAAAACCAAUUAUAUUGAUAAAUAUAUCUUUAUAUGUAUAGAGUUGUGUAUAGAGUAUACAGACAGGCAUAUGAUGAAAAUUUAGGAGAAAAGAAAUACGCGUACCUAUAUGUAUGUAUGUAUGUAUAUGUAUUUAUGUUUUAUAUAGAAGAAAAAAUCGUGAAAAGAAAAAAAAAACCUAAUUCUAUAGAAAUAACAACAACUUUAUUGUAUCUCUAGUGAGAGAAAAAUAUUGGUUACACUCACACAUACGCCCUAUUUGUUUCCUUUCCAAAAAAAACUUUCAUAAAUGAACUUCACAUAUGCUCAAAUUUGAAUUAAAAAUCCGAAUUGUGUACUUAAUUUAGAAAACCUACAACAAAAGAAAAGCUCAAAAAAGAAAUUGCAAAUAUUUUUAAUUUGAUUUUCUGUGAAAAUCAAGAAUUCUUUUUUUAUAUUAUUGUACUACCUACAUACUUAAAGGAAAAUAUAUACAUUUAGAAAAAGAAAAAUCUGUUAAUUUGAUUUAUUUACAGUCGUCUUUUGUGAUUUCAUCCAUACAAUUAAAAUAUUUUUUUUAAAUAAAUCACACAUAAAAUAUAUGAAA